GGGAGCUGGGCUCUAACAUCUGCUGCAAAUGAGGAAGAGCCUGAGAGGCUGGCAGAUGAUUGCCACAGGAGGGUAGUGGGUGGUGUAGUUUCAGGGCAUGGACUUCCAGAAAAGCUGGGGUUUUUGAGCAAGGGAGGAGAAUUUUCUGUCAGCAGGGAUGAGGACCAUGAAAGACACCUACUCCACCCCUAGGCUCUGUGGUAUGUGGUGCGUGGGAGGGAAGAAACAGCCACCUCUUGAGAAGGCUCUAGGGAAGCAGGUUUCAGUUUUCAGUUAGAGUUGCCUCCAAGUUUCUGAGCGAGAAGAGACAGGGACCAGGCUGGUCUCAAAAUCCUGGCCUCAAGCAAUCCUCUUGCCUCGGCAUCCCAAAGUGCUGGGAUUAUAGGGGUGAGCUACCCCACCAGGGACCCCUCAAGCAGAUUGAUUGCUUGUGUGUGUUCAGCUCUGGAGGCCACAUUCCAAUGAAGAAGUAGUGAAAUAUUCACAAGAUGAAGAUUUUUCCAGAAGGGACUUUGAGUCAGAGAUGGCUUUUUAUAUUUGACAAGUCUUGUCAUCUGUAAUGAAGAUCAUUGUGAAACAGAAGAUUGAUUAAAGCCUUGUAACAUUGGACCUAGAUUAGAGAUUUAGAAAAGAAAGUCAAAAUUAGUCACUUUGGUGUUAGUGUCUCCAUUUCAUAAUAUUUAUUCUUCCUUCUAAAUAGAUUUAGGGAGUAGAAAUUAAAGUUCAAUGCUGUACCAAAGGAUAUACUAAUAUUUGUUCAGCUUUUUUUCCCUUUUUUGUGAGGGAGAAAAAAGUAGAUAACGAAAAGCUAUAGUCAUUCAUGAUGAAAUAUACUAAACAGAAUUUUAUGAUGUCAGUUCUUGGCAUUAUAAUCUAUGUAACUGAUUUAAUUGUGGACAUAUGGGUAUCUGUCAGAUUUUUCCAUGAAGGACAGUAUGUUUUUAGUGUUUUAGCAUUAAGCUUUAUGCUUUUUGGAACACUUGUGGCUCAGUGUUUUAGUUAUUCUUGGUUCAAGGCUGAUUUAAAGAAAGCAGGCCAAGAAAGUCAGCAUUGUUUUCUUCUACUUCAUUGCUUGCAAGGAGGAGUUUUUACAAGGUAUUGGUUUGCCUUGAAAAGGGGUUACCACGCAGCUUUUAAAUAUGACAGCAAUACUAGUAACUUCACGGAAGAACAAAUUGAUCUACAUAAAGAAGUUAUAGAUAGAGUGACUGAUUUGAGCAUGCUCAGACUAUUUGAGACCUACCUGGAAGGCUGCCCACAACUUAUUCUUCAACUCUACAUUCUUCUGGAGCAUGGACAAGCGAAUUUCAGUCAGUAUGCGGCCAUCAUGGUCUCUUGCUGUGCUAUUUCUUGGUCAACUGUUGAUUAUCAAGUAGCUUUAAGAAAAUCCUUGCCUGACAAAAAGCUUCUUAAUGGAUUAUGUCCCAAAGUCACAUAUCUCUUUUACAAGUUGUUUACAUUAUUAUCGUGGAUGCUGAGUGUUGUACUUCUACUAUUCUUAAAUGUUAAGAUUGCUUUAUUUCUGUUGUUAUUUCUUUGGUUGUUAGGUAUAACAUGGGCAUUUAAAAAGAACACCCAGUUUUGUACUUCUAUAAGUAUGGAAUUCUUAUAUAGGAUUGUUGUUGGAUUCAUUCUUAUCUUUACAUUUUUUAAUAUUAAGGGACAGAAUACCAAAUGUCCAAUGUCUUGUUAUUAUAUUGCUAGGGUACUGGGCACUUUGGGGAUAUUGACUGUAUUCUGGGUUUGCCCCCUCAUUAUUUUUAAUCCAGACUAUUUUAUACCUAUCAGUAUAACUAUAGUUCUUACUCUUCUUCUUGGAAUUCUUUUUCUUAUUGUUUAUUAUGGGACUUUUCACCCAAACAGAAGUGCAGAAACAAAAUGUGAUGAAAUUGAUGGAAAACCAGUUCUAAGAGAAAGUAGAAUGAGAUAUUUCCUAAUGGAAUAAGCUAUUCAUUUAUGAUAUAUAUUUUCUUAUAUUUUGUUUCAUUGGUUAGUAAAGAAAAUGUGUGUUA